AUGCAGCGCAGUGUAGCGGCUGUACGCGCGGCGGCGUACAGCUGCAGCACUCAUAUGUGGCUAACACACUACUCACCGAUGCAGCGCAGUGUAGCGGUUGUAAGCGCUGCGGCGUGUAGCUGCAGCACUCAUAUGUGUCUAACACACUACUUACCGAUGCAGCAGAGUGUAGCGGCUGUAAGCGCUGCGACGUUCAACUGCAGCACUCAUAUGUGUCUAACACACUACUCACCGAUGCAGCGCAGUGUAGCGGCUGUAAGCGCUGCGGCGUGCAGCUGCAGCACUCAUAUGUGUCUAACACACUACUCACCGAUGCAGCGCAGUGUAGCGGUUGUAAGCGCUGCGACGUGUAGCUGCAGCACUCAUAUGUGUCUAACACACUACUUACCGAUGCAGCAGAGUGUAGCGGCUGUAAGCGCUGCGACGUUCAACUGCAGCACUCAUAUGUGUCUAACACACUACUCACCGAUGCAGCGCAGUGUAGCGGCUGUAAGCGCUGCGACGUUCAGCUGCAGCACUCAUAUGUGUCUAACACACUACUCACCGAUGCAGCGCAGUGUAGCGGUUGUAAGCGCUGCGGCGUGUAGCUGCAGCACUCAUAUGUGUCUAACACACUACUUACCGAUGCAGCAGAGUGUAGCGGCUGUAAGCGCUGCGACGUUCAACUGCAGCACUCAUAUGUGUCUAACACACUACUCACCGAUGCAGCGCAGUGUAGCGGCUGUAAGCGCUGCGGCGUGCAGCUGCAGCACUCAUAUGUGUCUAACACACUACUCACCGAUGCAGCGCAGUGUAGCGGUUGUAAGCGCUGCGACGUUCAACUGCAGCACUCAUAUGUGUCUAACACACUACCCACCGAUGCUGCGCAGUGUAACGGCUGUAAGCGCUGCGACGUUCAACUGCAGCACCCAUAUGUGUCUAACACACUACCCACCGAUGCAGCGCAGUGUAGCGGCUGUAAGCGCUGCGGCGUGCAGCUGCAGCACUCAUAUGUGUCUAACACACUACUCACCGAUGCAGCGCAGUGUAGCGGUUGUAAGCGCUGCGGCGUGUAGCUGCAGCACUCAUAUGUGUCUAACACACUACUUACCGAUGCAGCAGAGUGUAGCGGCUGUAAGCGCUGCGACGUUCAACUGCAGCACUCAUAUGUGUCUAACACAUUACUCACCGAUGCAGCGUAGUGUAGCGGCUGUAAGCGCUGCGACGUGUAGCUGCAGCACUCAUAUGUGUCUAACACACUACUCACCGAUGCAGCGCAGUGUAGCAGCUGUAAGCGCUGCGACGUUCAACUGCAGCACCCAUAUGUGUCUAACACAUAAUCACCGAUGCAGCGCAGUGUAG